AUGGAUUCAAUCCAAUGCCAUGUCUGUUCGUUGCCGUUUCCAACGCAGCAGCAGCUUCAACAGCAUAUCUGGCACUACCAGACCGAAAUUGCGACACUGCUUGCGAAGUUGCAUGAACUCUUUGCCCACCAAAGCACAGAGCUCGACACUAUCAAGUCGUCAGACACCCGCGCUCCCCUGCUCCCGAUUGUCAACACGAAUAAUCUCGAAUCCGACAUUGAUACCUUGCCUCCGUUGCCGAUGAUACAGACGGCAGAUGAAGCAGAAUCCCCUCAGCAUCGAGGAGCAACCGACGAGAGUAACCCAUCGGACCCCCAGAAGGCAUUCGCCUGUCCGGAAUGCGAAGCUAUUUUCGCAAGGAAGCAAGAUCUCGAACGGCACUACACAAUUCAUUAUCGAUGCAAGGAAUUCUGCCAGUUCUGUUCGAACACCUUCACUAGUGCACGCAAGUACAUAACGCAUAAGUGCGUAAAGGGCGGACUUCCCAAUCAGCGGACAUACACGAAAAGGAGAUGCAACGUGUUGCGCACCGAGGCCAAGCGGGAUCUAUACGCUAAGAAAAACAACACAAAUUGUGUGGCUAAGACAGCAAGCCAGAUCAAGCGGCGACCAAGCAUGGUUUUAGAUAUUGGAAAUGGGGAUGACACCCGAUGUGGGCAGCCUAUACUAUCAUCAGACAUCGAAGGACUUGUGGAAGAAGGAAACCAUGGCCCCUCUCGACAAACCAGCGACAUCGCGUUUGACCCCGAUGACUCGGCUUUCGUCCCCGCCGUUGAUUCGCAGUUGUCCCGCUCCCCACAACUUCAUCCACCCCUUUUCUUGCCAUUUGGAAUCAGUUGGCAGAGUCAAUUACCGGAAUUCCCUAUGCCCUUAUGGUCCACGGUCUCUUUAGGCGCAGAGUCAACGUCGUUACCAUCACGCCACGGUCCGCGCUCUGGCCUUGAAUCGAUGUCGGGCCAACAGUUUCUCGACGCGUCGAUGGCGCCGGCGGAGACGCAGUAUGAGCUAUCGUUCGAUUGCUUGUAA